CGUCACAACUUACAACGCACUUGUUACAUUGAAAGUGCAAUGCUGCUCAAUUCCUGUGAUUAUUAUUACGAGGAUGCGGGGCGGGGGGAAGGUAGGGUGCGUCGCGCAGGCGUGCUUCAGUCGCCCGCGCGACCCCGCUGCCGCCGGCCGCGCGCCAUGGACGAGGGAAGAGCGCGCGAUCGCGCUCCACUCACGGUGAUUGUCGCCCCGAGCAACGCCUCGCCGCCCAGACUGUCGCCAGCAGACCUGCUGCCUGACGGCGACGCGGCGUUCCACCCCCUGUCCGCAGUCAAUGGACGGCUGACACCGCCGGGGCUCGAGCCCGCCUCGUACGCGACGCUCACCCCUCUGCUCCCACUGCCGCCGAUCAGCACCGUUUCGGACAAGUUCGCGUACCACGCUGGGGGCACGUUCACAGUAAUACAGCAGCAGCAGUCGUACGCGUCCUUAUCACCAACUCCUUACAAUGAGCCGUUGUCGCCUCAGUCGGCAUACAGCCGGCGGAGUGCGUCGCCCAACUCAUUCGAGAGGCGAUCCCCCACGCCGCCAUUGCCGAGUCCUGGCUUGGACUUGAACGCGGCGUUGCUCGCGAGAGAGGAGCAACAACAGCAGCAGCAGCAGCAAUCACAGAGCGACACAGAAGAAAUAAACACAAAAGAAUUAGCUCAGAGGAUAAGUGGGGAACUGAAGAGGUAUUCGAUACCUCAAGCGAUAUUUGCUCAGAGGGUGCUAUGUAGGUCCCAGGGCACGCUAAGUGACCUGCUAAGGAAUCCAAAGCCCUGGUCGAAGCUCAAGUCGGGGAGGGAGACGUUCCGAAGGAUGUGGAAGUGGCUUCAAGAGCCGGAGUUCCAGAGGAUGUCGGCCUUGAGGCUAGCAGCGGCCCAGAUCCCUCAGAGAGGCAGAGAGACCCGCAUAUGCUGCAAACGCAAGGAGGAUUUGGGUUCGGAUACAAUGCCUUCCCCGAAGAAACCGCGUUUGGUUUUCACAGACCUCCAGCGGCGUACUCUACAGGCUAUUUUUAAGGAAACGAAACGACCAUCAAAAGAAAUGCAAGUUACCAUAGCACGACAACUAGGACUAGAGCCCACAACAGUUGGCAACUUCUUCAUGAACGCCAGAAGAAGGUCCAUGGAUAAGUGGAAAGACGAUGACGCACCAUCAACAGACCUGGACCAGCAGUGCGAGAGUCAUGACCUAGACAGGGUUCCAAGUCUAGAUUCAGCGGAAUCUGAAGAAGAUCAUGAUGACCACGACGAUCAUUUGUUGUGACGCCGUAUUCCUCAGCAGCAACUUCUAGUGCUAUGAGAUUCGCUUGUUUUGGGCCCCGAAUUGACAGUGUCUGUUGUGGUUUCGGGUAAGCAGGUUUCUUAGGUUCUUUCUG